AUGGGUACAUAUGUUCAACAAUUGAAGGAAGAAUAUGAGAAACGUCUUCGUGUAUCAGAACGAACGUUACACGGUGAAAAAGAAAGACGACGACAACUUAAUUUUCAUUGUAAACAACUUGAAGCGCAAUUGCGAAAAGUUCAACGAGACAAUGAAAGUAUGGGAAAGCAGUUAAAAAUGAUGAAAAAGUGUGCAUCAUGCUCACAUCUUGAUCAGCGUAGCAAAAGUUACAAUGCUUUAAAUGAGUUACUACGUGGAUCUGUGGCUGCUUUGGAACCAGAUGCUAUUGUAUCAGUUGGUCGUAGUGAUGAAUUUAAAAUGAUUAAAAAUGCAAAUAGCAAUCUUCAGCAAUGUGUUGAUAAAUUGCAGAGUAUGCUACUAAAAAAAGGACGUGAAGCUUUAGCAGCAGAAAAAUAUUAUAACAAUGCAAUUUCGGAACGUGAAGAGCAAAUAUCUCGACUUCAGAAAGAGCUUCAAGAGCGAUGGAGAGGAGUUUCUACACAGUCAGUUGCUAACCAGCAUAUAGAAACGAAAUUGAAAGCAUUGCUAAAAGAGAGAACCGAAUUAUUGGAUCGAAUAAAUCGUUUAGAGAAAGAGAAUAAAGAAAAUUACGAUGUUGUACAUAAUGAACCACAAAACACUGAAUAUUCGACAACUACUCCAGCAAUCUUUGAAACUGAUGUUAAUCCGUACUGCGGAUGUUGUCGAAAUCGAAUAAAAAAUUGGAACAAAAUGUUAAAUGCAAAACAAAUAAAUAUCACUGAAUUUACGAAUCCUGAUGAGAGUGAUUCAAAUCGGUUAAAACAAAAUGUAACGGCUGCAGAGAAGAUUCAGAAGCUUUCUCUUGCAUUGGAAAUGGAAAAAGAGAGGAAUAGAGCGGUGGAAAAUGCUCUAAAGAAUGAAAAUAAUAAUCUGUCGAGCAGUUACCAGAAAUUACUUCAUCAGUGUGAAUCUUUGGAAACGGAAUUGGCUAAAAGACGAAUUACUGAACAAAGUGCUAAAAAUCAAACAAAAUUUGAUCAGAAUGAUCAGAUUGCUUCCAAAAUCGAUGCAUGCUUAAUAUCUCAACUGCAGGACAAACUUGAUAAAGCAGAUAAAAAGAUCGAACUUCUUGAAAAAGAGUUAGCUCUUGCAAAGCGUUCUGUUUAUGAGAAUGAGCAAUUUGCUAUCACACGACAAAUUGAGAUGCUUGAAAAGGACAAAAGAGAAUUAACGCUAAUAAUUGAUAACCAAACAGAACGAUUAACACGUUUGGAGGAUCAGUUAAGAGUAAUAAAUAGAGAAAAAGAAACACUGCAACGAAAAUAUACCGAAUUGGAACAUGCGAACAAUUUAAUUGUUAAGGAAAAGUCCGAACAAUUAGGAAUUAUUGAGAGGCAGCGCAAAGAAUUAUCACACAUGGAAGAAAAGCAGAUUGAAGAAAACAAAGCGCACGAUGCACAAAUUCAAGCAUACCAUCAACUUAUUAAGCAAAAGGAUGAUGAGCGUGGAGCAUUGAUUGCUGAACUUUGUGCUGCUAAUCGUUUAGAAACACCACUUUAUGAUCCAAUUAAAGAAAUUCAGAAUCACUGUGCUACAACUGAUGAAAACUGUGAGUUAUUGAAGGAAGUACGAGAAUUACAUCACGAAAAACAAACGAUGUUGGAUAGAAUGACUCGCCUAGAGAAUGAACUUCAGUCACUAAAAGAUCAAUUAAGAUUAAAAACAGAUGAGGCCGAGAAAGAAGUUUUAUUGAAAAAUUCGAUACAUGAUGAUCUUGCUAAAGCACGAACUAUGUUAUUAGAGAAGGAAGCACAAAUACUGGAUUUGAAUAAUGACUUAAAAGUUGCCGAAGUGAAACUAAUGAAGCUGGAAACAGAACUUGCCAAUUCAGCAGAUCGUUUGCAAGUAGAGCAAGUCACAGGAAGUGCACUAAAAAUAACUGUUGAAGAGUUAGAAGAUCUAUUACAAGAGAAAAAUGCAGAACUUAUAUCAGCUGCACAAGAACGGCAACGAUUUACUGGUGAAAUGCAGAAAUUGAAAGAGUUAAAAUAUGAUUUGGAAACUAAACUCACUCUACAAGGACGAGAACUAAAAGAAGCACAUGGAAAAUUAGCUAUUCUCAGGAAGAAAAUACAAGAGCUGGAGCUAGAAGCAAUGAAUUCACCAGAUAAGAAUCUUCGUGAAACAACUACACAGCAAGGAAGUUCAAAAUCAACAACACUAACGACAGUGACAAAAUCUGCUAUUUCCAAUACAACUCCAUUGCAUCCCUAG